ACCCCUGAGUCCAUGGCGGCCUGGCUUCCCAUCGCCGCACGCCGCAUCUCGGGCGAUUUACUCCUCGUAUUGCAGACCAACAUACCAGACUACGAGGUCUGGGAAAGAGGCGCCCUUGAGCUGCCAUGCUUCGAGAACGCCACCUCGAUCACCCUCGAACUAGAGGGUCUUGGCCUCACGAUGCCGCCUUCCGGCAUAUUCGCCCGGCUCACCAAUCUCCAGCUAGGUUGCAUCCGGCUACGUGGUCCGAGCAUGCUCGGCGAGGCUGUCUCCUCGCCGCGCUGCCCGGCGUUACAGAAACUGACUCUCAGUGGUACCUCGGGUCUGGGCAACUUGACCAUCCACUCGGAAUCUCUCUUGGAAAUGACACUGACGCGCGUGCACGGCUUGCAGCAGCUCAAUGUCACAGCGCCGACACUCAAACAGUUAGAAGUGCUGUCCUGCUUUACUAAAGGUAGGAUGAUUUUGAUCCUACCGGUUGCAAACAUCUCCGCCCCUCAGCUGGAAUCCCUCAUGUGGUGGGAUGAUUCUGAUCCAAAGUUCACCCAGCUCGGCAAGAUGGAAAAUCUACAGUGCCUGAGCACCUUCCCUUUUACUAUAUAUGAAGAAACUGACCAUGUACGCGAGUUACAGAAUAGCUACUGUACAAGGCUUUUGCGGCGCUUUGAGCUCAUCCACAGUCUCAGAUUCCAACUUGUGAAUGAUCUGGAGGACAUUAUUACUAACCAACAGUACCUGAUGGAAGACAUUACCGGGCUCCCAGACAUUACAUUCAUGUUCCUGGAUAUAACGGGAAACGGGCAUUCCUUUGUACCCAGUUCAUUCCAUCUUCUCAGGAUGUGUACUGGUUUGAGAAAGUUGUCUCUUACAUUUUGUGGCACAACUAUACGCCCGGAGGUUUCAGAUUUAAAGAUUGUUAUGUCUGUUGAAAAUGAGAAAAACUAUUGGGCAUGA